AUGGCUUCUCUUCCACUAACCACCGCCACCACCACCACUGUCGCCUAUUCUUCCUCCUCCUCCACGAUCAUCCUCUCCUCCCCCUUGUCUUCAUGGCCCUCCUUUGUCAAGCCAGGACAAUGCCUCACAACUAGAAAGCGUAACCAUCGGUUCCAAGUUUCAUGCAAGAACAUGCAUGGUGGUGAUCAAAACCCUAAGGCUGGCUCCAAUAAUGAUGGAGAAACUUUUCAAGGAAAGUUUGAUCGGAGGAAUGUUCUUCUUGGGCUUGGUGGGCUCUACGGUGCUGCCAAUCUCAUCUAUGAUCCUUCAGCCUUUGCUGCUCCGGUGCCGGGGCCUGACCUUACAACAUGUCACAACGCCAUCAAAAGUACUAAUACUGGAGAACCAGUCGCUUGUUGUCCCCCACAGGUGGGACAGGAAAUGAUUCCACUGCCUUACGAUCUUCCCACGUUCACAAAGCUACGCACUAGACGACCUGCUCAUGAAGCAUUAGUCGAUCCAGACUAUUUGAAAAAGUUUCGCAGAGGCAUUGAGCUCAUGAAGGGUCUUCCAGCAGAUCACCCACAUAAUUUCAUGCAACAAGCUAAUAUCCAUUGCGCUUACUGCAAUGGUGCCUAUUACCAAGCCGGAUUUAAAGACGUUGGGCUUCAAGUUCACUUCUCAUGGCUUUUCUUUCCCUUCCACAGAUGGUACUUGUACUUUUUUGAGAGAAUCCUGAUAAAAUUGCUCCAAGAGGAUGGGUCUGACAACGAUGGCACUUUUGCUUUGCCAUUUUGGAAUUGGGACGUUCCUGACGGCAUGAGAUUCCCACCCAAUAUGCAUUCUGGGAGCCUGUAUGACCCGUUGCGUGAUAGCAAACACAUUUCAAGCAUUAUCGAUCUGGGCUACAGCGGUGAGGACGUUGAUAAACCCGAUGAUCAACAAAUACAAUGCAAUCUUUCCAUAAUGCACACCCAAAUGGUCAACAAUAGCUCGAGACCUCUGCUCUUUCUUGGAGGCCGUUACUAUGCCGGCGAUACCAGCACUCCUGGACAAGGGUCCAUCGAAAGCACUCCUCACAAUCAGGUGCACACGUGGGUGGGUGCCCGAGACCAGCCUUAUCAUGAGGACUUGGGCAACUUCUACUCAGCCGGCCGAGACCCGGUAUUCUAUAUGCAUCACGCUAAUGUUGAUCGAUUGUGGACGAUAAGGAAUACGAAUAAAUUCAUGGAACGAGAUUGGUUAAACGCCUUGUUCGUCUUCUACGACGAAGAUUUGAAACUUGUGAGUGUGAAGGUCAGAGACUGUCGUGACACCACGAAACUCGGAUACUUUUAUGAGGAAGUGCCUAGGCCAUGGGAGCAUUUAAAGCGAGUGCGGCGUGGGAAGAAAUCCAAUAUAGCGGCCACUGUUGACCCAUCAAAACUUAGCACCUUCCCGAUACUCCUAACAGGAUCGUCGACAUUUCUGAUUAACAGGCCGAAGAAAUCAAGGACUCCGAGUGAGAAGGAAGAGCAAGAGGAGGUACUGGUGAUAGGACCGAUAGAGUUCGAUAGCGGCGCGUAUGUGGCGUUUGAAGUGUAUGUGAAUGAGGAAGAUGAUGUGGUGAAGAGUGAUACGUGCGACGCCGAGUACGCCGGCACCUUUGCGUCCUUGCCCCAUAAACACGAUUCCACGAAGAAGUCAAGGCCAAAAAUUAGUUACCUGAGGAUAGGACUGAAUAAGAUUUUGGAGGACUUAAAAGCUGAAGACGAUGACGCUGUGUUGAUAACUUUGAAGCCCCAAUCUACGGGCAAAGGUGUGUGCGUGCAGGAUGCAAAGAUCGAGUAUAUGAAUUAA